AUGCAUUAAGAUUAUUAUUCAAAUAAAUAUGCCAAAAAUGAUCAUUCUGUUCAAUAACCAAGGAGUCGAAUGAUAACUACAUAAACUAUGUAUUCAGUUCCAUGUAUUAAUUGUGAAAAUCUUAUUCCCAUAAAUGAAAUUGAUAUACACACUAUAUAAUGUCUAAGUGUUUCAAAGAGUGUUAGUACAUUACUUAAAUCUAAUAAAAUAAUGGAUGAAAUCAAUUUUAAGAUUUAGAAAUUAAGGGAUUCUGUUUUACAAUUAAAUUAAAAAGAGUCUAACUUAGACAAUAUUAAAUACCUUAAUAGAGCAGAUGAAAUGUCUGAAUAUAUCCUUAUGAUUCAUAACACAAAUUAAAUUGAACUACGUAAGUUGUAUGAUCUAAAUCAAGAAUUGAAAACAAUAACUGAAUCUUAUAGAGGUUCUCUGGCUAUUGCUCUCUAUCUUGAACGUCUUCAUUCUCUUGUGUUACAGAAACAAGCUUAAAUGGAAAAAGAAAUGCAUAUAUCUAGAGUAGAUACUUAAAAAAUUAAUCUUAGUAAUUACAAUUCUUAAAAUAAUUACAGUAGUGUUUAAUCAUUUAGAUAUCAAUAAUAACCUGAAUAGAAUAAAAAUUCUCAAUUACUCUUACCUUUUUAGAGUCCUUUUAAUUGUAGACCUACAAUAAUUACUAAAUUCUCAAUUAGUUAGAAUAGGAAUCAAUUGAAUGAAAUCAAAAGUGAAAUUCUUACUAAAAUUUCCACAUCUCAAUUUGAUGAGAAUGAAAUCAAUCAAAAUGAAUUUGAUCUUAAUAAUUCAAACUAAAUAAAUUAAUAAUAGAGAAUCUUUUAUUCAAAAUGUUUAACUCAGAAAACUAAAUUACCUAAUACACAUUUAUCUCAAAAAAUACCCUUAUUUAUUUUAUAUAAGGAAAUGCUUUAGAGGAAUAUUCCAUCUGACUUAUGGGAUAAAUUUAUUAUAGAUGCUCUAAAUAAUCCUCACUUUUAUAUUGAUAAGAACAAAGUAUAAAUGAGUAAAGGAUUAAAGAAUCAAUUAGGAUUCAUGAGUUAGAAAUUAUAAUUGAAACAAAGUAUUCACAAUAUCUAAUGA